GUGAAAAGUUUUGCAGACGCGCUGCUUCUCAUCACCAACGAGCAGAUCACACACGAGAGGGAAUUAUUGGUGAUUCAAAUGGCGGAGGAACUGUUACCGGAAAGCGAUGCGAAAAUGCACGGGUCUCUCACCAAGUCACUGCUGGCAGUGGCUCUCCUGUCCUCGCUCGGCAGCUCCUUGCUCUAUGGCUACAACCUAGCUGUGGUCAACUCUCCUGCACAGUACAUCAAAGCCUUCUACAAUGAGUCAAUCAUCGAUACCUACGACUGGAUUCCAGAUGAACAGUUCCUCACUGUACUAUACUCCAUCACUGUGUCCAUCUUCGCUAUUGGAGGGAUGACGGGGGCCCUGCUUGUGGGCAAACUAGUCACAAAAUAUGGAAGGAAAGGGACGCUGGUGAAAUCCAGUGUGCUGGUGUUUAUAGCAGGAGCUAUGAUGGGCUUCAGCAGAUGGUGCCGGAUGCCAGCGAUGGUCAUCUUUGGACGCUUCAUCAUGGGAAUACACUCAGGAAUCUCUCUCAGUGUGGUGCCGAUGUACCUCGGUGAGAUCGCCCCCAAGAACCUGCGAGGCUUCCUGGGCCUCGUUCCCAGCAUCCACAUCUGUCUCGGCGUCUUCAUCGCUCAGGUGCUGGGGCUCCACGAACUGCUGGGAGAGGAACAGCACUGGCCUCUGCUCCUGUCCCUGGUGGUGCUUCCCACCCUAGUCCAGGUGAUGCUGUUGCCAUGGUUUCCAGAGAGUCCACGGUACCUGUUGAUAGAGAAGGGAAAUGUGCACGCCACCAUUGCAGCACUAAAGUGGUUCCGUACUAAAGGAAACAUCCAGGCCGAGGUUGAGGAGAUGCAGGAGGAGCAACGCUCUCUAUCGUCCAUCCGGACCAUCUCUGUCUGGGGCCUGCUCAGGGACCGCUGUGUCCGCUGGCAGGUCAUCACCAUUAUGGUGGUCAACGUCGGCAUGCAGCUGUCAGGCAUCGACGCGAUCUGGUUCUACACAAAUGAAAUAUUCAGUAAUGCUGGGAUCCCAGAGCCUCAUAUUCAGUACACAACAGUGGGAACUGGAGCCAUUGAGGUCAUCUCUGGGGUGCUGGGGUGUUUCACCAUCGAUCGUGUGGGCAGGAGACCUCUGAUGAUUGGCGGCUUCCUCUUCAUGGGAGUGUGCUGUGCAGGAAUCACUGUGUCUGUCCUCCUCCAGACGCAGCUGCCCUUCAUGCGCUACAUCAGUGUGGGCUGCGUUGUUGGGAUAAUCGCAGGCUUCUGCAUAGGUCCAGCUGGCGUGCCGUUCCUGAUCACGGCGGAGCUGUUUAAGCAGUCGCACAGACCCGCUGCCUACACUGUCGCUGGUUGCCUCAACUGGCUUUCCAACUUCACCAUCGGCUUCGUCUUCCCCUUCCUAGAGGAGGCUACAGGUCCUUACUGUUACCUGAUCUUCUGCGUGAUCUGCGUGGGCGUGGCCCUCUACACCAUCUUCAUCAUUCCUGAGACCAAGAACAAAACCUUUAUGGAGAUCAGUCAGAUGUUCGCUGCAAGGAACAAGAUAGAUGAAGAGGAGCUGACAGCCAACGGUCAUUUGAAAAUGGCUAUGAUGAAUGGCUACGGAACCCUCGGCCACCGGGACGAAAAAAAAGAGCCCAUGGAGAAGGAACGUGGAGGUGGACCUUUCAACAAAGGUUUCUUUGAUCAGUAA